AUGGUAUCGGCCAUGGAGCGGAAACGACAUGGUGUCGUUGACUUUGAUCAGCAGCUUAUGGAGCAAGGCCAAUCAGACACACUAAGUUUCGACAGCUCGGACGACACUCUCACCUCCCUACCGGCGAUAUCGAAGCUCGAAUCGACGGAUGCGAUACUAGAGAGAACAACUACAAUUGUCGAAAGCAAUAACGAAGCGGAACGGUCAAUGUCGCUUCGCGAAGGCAUACGCCUAUACCCCAAAGCAAUAACAUGGUCUGUGUUACUGUCGAUGACACUCAUUAUGGAAGGAUUCUCUACCAUUCUUGUACCCAAUCUGUUCGCAAUGCAACCGUUCCGGAAACAAUUCGGUACAUUACAAUCAAAUGGCCUGUACGAAAUUAGCGCCGACUGGCAGAGCGCACUUGUGAACGGCGGCCUGGCAGGGCAGAUCGUAGGGCUUUUUGCUACAGGAAUACUAGCCGAGCGAAUCGGUUAUGUCAACGCAUGUUGGGUUCUCGGCCAACUAAUAGCAUCCAUUGUCAUGCGCGGCAUGAUUAACAACACCACCACAUGGUCCUACCGCAUCCCCUUCGCACUUCAGUGGAUCUUCCCAGUCCCAAUCCUCUUCGCCGUAUACUUCGCGCCUGAAUCGCCUUGGUGGCUCAUACGACAGGAUCGCUUUGUGGAUGCGAUGAAGACGAUGCGUCGGCUACGCACACAACCAGCAAGCAUGUCGGACGAUGAAUUCGACAAAACGCUGAACGGCGCGAUGGAGGCCAUGAUCCAAACGAACGAGAGAGAACAACAGAUGCAGAGUGGCACAAGUUACAAGGACUGCUUCAAGGGAGUGGAUCGGCGCAGGACUGAGAUCACGUGCAUGGUUUGGAUUAUCCAGACGCUGUGUGGCAGCACCUUCAUGGGCUUCUCUACCUACUUCUACGAACAAGCAGGCCUCGGUUCUUCCCACGCCUUCACCCUCUCACUAGGCCAAUUCGCACUCGGUCUGGUCGGCGUCUUCAUCUCUUGGGCCCUCAUGGCACACUUUGGGAGGCGCACACUUUACCUCUCCGGACAAGUCAUGACUUUCGCCUUCGUGCUGCUCAUCGGGAUACUAGCUUGCAUACCACACCGCCACCACUUCGUCACCGUCCGCUCAGCGGUAGUAGGCACACCCUCUCAAGUCGGGAAUCCGCAUCCGACGGCACUCAACUGGUCUAUUGCAGCACUACUUCUGGCUUUCACUCUAGCCUACGACGCAACACUCGGGCCGAUUUGCUAUGCCCUCGUUUCGGAAAUUCCUUCCACACGCUUGAGGAGCAAAACGAUCGUGCUAGCCCGGAACUGCUAUAACAUAUCCGGCAUCGUCACAAACAUCAUCACACCACGCAUGCUUAACCCUACAGCCUGGGGCUGGGGAGCUAAAGCAGGUUUCUUCUGGGCAGGCACGAGUGUGAUUGGCAUUUUGUGGAGUUGGUGGCGACUCCCCGAACCAAAGGGAAGGACUUUUGGAGAGCUGGAUGAGCUGUUUGAGAGGAAGGUGGUCGCAAGGAAGUUCAAGACUACGGACUUUACGGUUGGUGGGGUACUUAUCGCGAGGACGGAGAAGAGUAGGGUGUAG